AUGGCUAUUAUUCUGAGCUCAAGCCCCCGUGCCACCGCAUCUGCACAGACGGAAGCCACCUCAGGGCCCAUCGUUACUGGACCGCACCGUAUUGCUGAAGAACAACACAAGCGGAAUAAAUCCACCUCUAUGACUAAUGAUACUAUAGUUGUCGUUCCUAUCGCGAGCCACACUCAGGCUCAACCUGACCAUCCCAUGCCUUCCGUCAAAAUAAUUGCUGGCCACUCGGGACCUGUAGGAGAGUCCACAGACGUCAGGAGCUAUGCUCGAUUACCACGAAGGAUUUCUACUGUUACCACCGCCGAUGUCACCACCACCGGUCCUCCCCAGGGCGAGGAACAACCACAAAGUAGCGACGUGAGCCAUGUCCUGGAGGCUGAGACGAAGUGCAUUUGGCCGGGGACAAAUCUGGCAGGUGUAACUGUGCUCCCGGUGGAGACACUGUGCCAGAUCUUCUCAGUUACUAUUGACGAGGCGAGGGAAAGGGUCUGGCCGCUUGCGCCGGAUCCUCGGUUCUAUGACAGUAUCCAGACGCUGAUGGCAGUUUCUAAGUCCUGGAGAAACAUGAUACUCGGUAGUCCCACCCUCUGGAGUACGGUACUACUCGAUGGUAUCAAACCCAGCGCAGUGGCGCUUAUCAUUAGCCGCAGCGGAAAGUCUACACCACUUUCCGUACAAGGUAAAUUUAUCGAUGGAGACGGAAAUGAGGAUGCCAACAGCAGGAAGCUCAAGCUGGUUCUGCGGGAGUCGCACAGAAUACGCAAGUUGUACCUGGAAGUGUCAGACAAAUAUCUCAGGAUGCUGGGCAGCGGAAAAGGGAUGCCGAAGCUAGAAGAACUCACCUUAACAAGGACUCUCUCGCGCAGCCUAGCAGUCAGCAGAAAGCUACCUAGCCUGAGGGCCCUCAGGAGUCCUCGCCUGCAGAACAUCGCCCUGUACGAUGUUCCAUUCAGGGCCUACCAGGUCCUCUUAUCUGGCAACGUCCAGGAUCUCACUCUGAUUACUGAUAUUACGCCGCUAUUGUCAACGGAUGAUAUCUUGUCAUCUCUUCGCUCUGUCCCCAACCUGAGGUCCUUGACGAUGCUGGCGGCCGUGAAGAGCAAGGAAGUCCGAUGGCCCCAACCGGUGGUUUUGCCUAAACUCGAGGAGUUGGAGAUCGAACCCAACGAAGUCGUGGACGUCAAGUUUCUUGACUAUAUAGGAGCGCCGAAGUUGACUUCUGUCAACUGUCACAUCCUGUCGCCUUUCUCAAGUGACGACACAGAGGUUGCGAAAAUCACAGAUCUACUGGCACCCCUGGUGAACCAGAUAGCUCGUUACCGCGACUUUCGCCGUUGCGAGAUCAGGAAGCCUGACGAGUACAACAUGGGUGUUGAACUGAUCAAUCCAAGAGCAGUGUCGAAUCCGACGAUGAAGAAAGAAGGUCUCUACUUCAGCGUCGAUCAUCUCGAACAGGCAAAGAUUCUGGGUGUGCUCACCUCCUUUGACGGUUCUCUGAAUAGGGUCACGGACCUAAUGAUACGAGAAGGGGCUUCUCCACCAGAAGCUACGGAUGCUUGGCACAAUCUCUUGAAUCUCAUGGCUGAGGUGCGGACGCUCCACAUACACGGAAGGGAUCUCGCAGCCAUACCAUCAGGAUUUAUUCACAACGAAGAGGGCGCUCCCCGUCGCAUCCUUCCGGUGGUGGAAUCGAUAACCGUCGAAGGAGUAAGCAAGAUGGAAGGAUCCAUCAAUCACCUGUUGAGAUUAUUCCAGCAUCGCGGAAACGCGAAACAUAGGAUUAAUUUACGCAUUGUGAAUGCGAUUGACAUUGCUCAGAGUGACGUCGAUUCCUUGGACACCUUGGUUGAGAAUGUUUACUGGGAUGGAGUGGUAUCUGGAAGUGGAGGGGAUGUGAACGGCAGGAACUCGGAUGAGGAAAAUGACAAUGUCGAAGGAUGA